CCCUCGGGUCAGCGGCUCUGCCUUGCGGGUCCUCCAUCUUGAGAGGCGCUGGUCUUCAGAGGUGUGAAACCCAGAUUUGCGUUGGGGGCUGUAAAGCCCCUGUAAGUAGCGUCACCCAUUUCUGUGGAACUCCCAAACAUCACCCAAAGCAGGAGGUUACCUGAGGCUUACAGCCCGCAGCCGGACCCGAGGGCCUCGGACCCGGGUUGCCCAUCUCUGGAGCAGAACGGUGAAUCAUGCAUGAGGACAUCCUAGCUGAGUCUGGGAACAAGAAGACGGGAAACUCAGAUGAGAACCCCAGUCCGUGGCUAGAACGCUACUUCAACCGCAAAUGCUACAUCACCUUCCUGACUGGCUGCUACAGCUGCCACUGGCAGUACAGAGAGUGGGAGACAGCUGAACUUGGAUCCUGUUGCUGCUCCUGGAAAGAGCAAUUUUCUUAUCUGUGCCUGAUAAUUGCAUUCGUCUUGUCUGCGAUUUUUCUGUUCGUGUGGGCAGAAACCUCCAAUGAAUACAACGGCUUUGACUGGGUUGUUUAUCUAGGGACAAAACGCUGGUUCUUUUGGUCUAUUAUUAUGUUGAGUACAGCUGGGAUCCUGACUGCCUACACUUCCUUGCUUUUGUUAAUUGGGGCUUUUUUGCUCUGGGAAAGGAUUGAACUAUAUCUGCAUCCGUGUCAUAAGGUCCUCGUUUUGCUAGUAAUUGCGCUGUGCUCCUUCUUAUUAUCUAUUUUAAACAAAUACUGGAGGGACAAGUGGCUGAUAGCUGGGCUCUCACUGAAGGUCUUUGCUCCCUUUUUGCACCUGAGCCUCAUAACUGUGAUGAUUAUCAUGUCCUGGCCUCUAGCCAUCUGUGUGGCCCACUUGGAAUCAGAAGUUAGAAUAAGAAGAUACAAGAUGGCAGGUUACGAGCACGAAGUCCCGGAAAGUUGUAAUAUAUUCACAAGGUUAAGAGCUCUACAAAUAGCUGCUGGAUUGCCCUUCCUUCUUAUUCUUUUAUGUCUUUAUUUGAUGCCACUGGGAAUUUAUUCUCCCUGCAUUAUGAAGAAGGAGAAUUUAGGGCCUAAGCCUAAAUUCUUUGGACAUAGAGGUGCACCCAUGUUGGCACCAGAGAAUACCAUGAUGUCCUUUGAGAAGGCCGUUGAACAUGGUGCCUCUGGCCUGGAGACUGAUGUGUACUUAAGUUGGGAUGAGGUGCCUUUCCUCAUGCAUGACUAUGACCUGAGUAGAACAACUAAUAUCAGAGAGGUCCAACCAUCAUCUGCUUAUAAUCACACUGCCAACUUCAACUGGACAUUCCUGUCAACUCUGAAUGCUGGCAAAUGGUUCAUAAAGCAUAAGCCGUUUUUUGGCAUGCAACCUUUAUCAGAGGCUGAUGAAAGAAGAGCAAGCAGCCAAACAAUUCCAUCGCUGGCUGAGUUAUUGGAACUUGCCAAAAAUGAAAAAAAGUUUGUGAUAUUUGAUCUUUUCGGCCCUCCACCAAAUCAUCCUCUCAGAAAAAAUUUUGUUCGAAGAGUAGUAAGGGUCAUCCUUGACUCCAAAAUUGAGCAACGUCUGAUAUUUUGGUUGCCAGGUUAUGAUAGAAAAUAUGUCAGGUUCAUGGCUCCUGGUUUUCAGCAUGUGGGUCGUUUAAGAACUCUUGAGGAGCUUGCAAGCGAGAAUAUGACUAUAAUAAAUGUUGACUAUAAGAGGUUAUUCUACAGUGGGUUGAGACACUAUAAGGAAGCUAAAAUCCACAUCAAUGUGUACACUGUCAAUGAGCCUUGGCUCUUCUCGUUGGUCUGGUGUUAUAGGAUCAACUCUGUGACCACAGACAACAUCCAGGUCCUGAAUCAGCUUAGUCACCCUCUCUUCUUCAUGACUCCAGGAAACUAUACAUUUAUAUGGUUUUUCAUGGUUACAGCUUCUGCGAUUAUCAUUGGCUUUGUAUUUUGUUAUCACUGGAUAAAAGAGCUUAAAAAAGAAAGGUGGCUUGAAGAAGCUACUACUGCACCUGCAGGUUUAUUUAAUUUGGAGACCGUAAAAGAAGGUACCACCAUAGAAACAGAGGUCCCUCACCAGAAGCCAGAUGUGCCACCCACUAAGAAAGGACUUAAGGAAACAAAGAAUACAAAAGGAAAGUCGUAGAAAAACUCUGGCCACCUUCCGGCCAUCAUGGAGCAAAAAUCAAACCAAACUGAGAUAAUCAAGCACUCUGCUUCACAGCGGUCUUCAAAGAGGAGGCUCUGAAACCACCAGAUUUUCCCCAGUGAGAGCACUGACCCAUCAGGGCUUGCCAAGAAGAACCUCAACCAUCAGUAUUUCCCCAAAGGAGAUGUUAGUGUCAUACCACCAGUAACCCCCAUGGGAAUACUAUACUUCAAGGGCAACUAUACUUCAAUGUCCCAAAGAGGACAUUGCUCUGUCAGGGCUCCUCGAAAGAACCUUGAACCACCAAAGUUCCCUAAAAGUCCCACUAAUGCUUCCCCCAAAAAGACCGUGUCUUCCAAGGAGAAUAUCAAACAACCAGUGUUCCUCUAAGGAACAAAAACCCUCCCAGUUCCCGUUUAGGGGCUCACUAAGCAGAAUCCUUACUGAACAGCGCGGUGGCCCAGGUAUAGCUAACUCCUCCUCUCAGGAAUCUGUUUAUAUGCUAGACUUCUCCUCUAUUAUGUCUUCUUCCUUCUCCCUCCUCUUCUUCCUCUCUCUGUCUAAGUAUGGUGAUGGUAGGGUGUGGUCAGGAAGGCUCACACAGGGCCAUUGAGGUUUUCAGGAGCAGCACUCCGGCCCAACCUCUAUAAGGAGUGCACCUCAGGAGACUGGCCAGGGCAACCAAUGAUGCAUGGCCAUGAACCUGGAGCUGGUUGCUCUCUGAGUUUGCAGGUUGUCUCAUCUUAUACUUCUGUUGUAUUUCCUGCUGAAGGAGUGACUGGUCACUUCAGCUUGUAAUUAAUAAAGGCAACUUCUCAGGGA